AUGCAAGACUUUGGGCUCUCAUGGAGGCAAAUAGCACAAGGGUAUGGAGCGCGGAGCCGCUCGUCGGGCCCUGCACUGCCCAGACUAGCGAACAAUACAGUCAACGUGGCUAAAGGGGAUCCCGAGAAACCGAAAGGCAAGAUGUGUGCUUAUGCCUUUUUUGUGCAGAUGUGCAGAGAGGAACAUAAGAAGAAAAACCUGGAGGUCCCUGUCAAUUUUGCUGAAUUUUCCAAGAAAUGCUCCAAGAGGUGGAAGGCCAUGUCCAGGGAAGAGAAGUCUAAAUUCAAUGAAAUGGCAAAAGUGGAUAAAGUGCGCUAUGAUUGGGAAAUGAAGGAUUACAGACCAGCUAAGGGAGGCAAGAAGAAGGACCCUAAGGCCCCCAGGAGACCACUGUCUGGAUUUCUCCUUUUCUGCUCUGAAUUCCACCCCGAGAUCAAGUCUACAAACCCUGGCGUCUCCAUCAGAGAUGUGGCAAAGAAGCUGGGCGAGAUGUGGAAUAACUUAAGUGACAGUGAGAAGCAGCCAUACAUCAACAAGGCAGCGAAACUGAAGAAGUAUGAGAAGGAUGUCGCAGACUGUAAGUCUAGAGGGAAGUUUGAUGGUGCCAAGGGUCCUGCUAAAGUUGCCGGGGAAAAGGUGGAAGAGGAAGAUGAAGAGGAUGAGGAAGAAGAGGACGAGAAGGAGGAGGAGGAAUAA